AUGGUGUUAAAAGAACUUGGAUAAUCAAUAAAAGAAGUUCUUAAUAAAUUAAAUUAACCUUAAGAAAUUAAUGAAAAUUUUGUUAAUUAGAUUCUAAAAGAAAUAUCUCUUGCAUUAUUAAAGGCUGAUGUCAAUGUUAAAUUAAUAUAAAAGUUGAGAGAAAAUAUUAAAUUGAUGUUCAAACUUUAUGAAACAGAAUUUAUAAAUCUAUAAAAACUUAUUUAAAAAUCCAUAAUUGAGGAAUUGAAUAAAUUACUAAAAAAUGAUAUUUCAUCAUUUGCACCAAAAAAAGGUAUAUUAUAUAACUGAAUUAUAGGAAAAACUAAUAUUAUAAUGUUUAUAGGUAUAAAGGGAUCUGGUAAAACUAGUACUUGCUCUAAAUAUGCCUAUUAUUAUUAAAAAAGAGGAUGGAAGGUUGGGAUAGUUAGUGCUGAUACUUAUUCAAAAAUGUGUUUAGAUCAGAUACAAUAUAAUGCUAAAAAAAUUAGAGUUCCAUUUUAUGGGUAUUUUCAAAUGAAAUAUCAAGUUCUUAUACUGAAACAGAUCCAGUUAAAGUUGUAUAUGAUGGUGUAGAGAUUUUCAAAAAAGAGGGAAUUGAAAUUAUACUUAUAGACACUCCAGGAAGGCAUUAAUAAUAAAAUGAUUUAUUUGAAGAAAUGAAAUAAAUAGAUAUUAUGAUAUAAACAGACAAUGUUAUUUUUGUAAUGGAUUCUUAAUUAGGAUAAUCUUGUUGUGAUUAAGCAUUAGCUUUUAAAAGUAUUUUUAAUUUAGGAUCAAUAAUAAUAACAAAAUUGGACGGUCAUGCUAAAGGUGGAGGAGCAAUUUCUUCUAUUGUAUCAACACAUACUCCUAUCGAUUUUGUAUGCGAUGGAGAAUCUUUUGAGGAUUUUUAAGAAUUUUAAUCCUCAUCAUUUAUUAUUAAAUUAUUAGGAUUAGAAGAUUUGAAGGGAUUAAUAAAAAAUCUAAAUAGCUUUAUUUUAAUUGGACCUAAAGAAAAAUAAUUCACAUUAAGAGAUUUAGAAUCAGAAUUAAAACAUAUUAUAAAAUUUGGAUCAAUUAAUUUCCUUACUAAUAUAUUUGUUUCUAAAGUAACAGAAUAAGAAUAAAUUCAGAAUAUUAAAAGAAAUCUUUAUAUAAUGAAUUCCAUGACAUCAUAAGAAUUAGAUGGAGAGGGUAUAUCAAUAUAUAUAUUGUAGUUACUUUAUCAAAUUCUAGAAUUAAACGAAUAGCAAAAGGUUCAGGGACUACAAUUGAAUAAGUAAAUUAUUUAAUAAAAAUGCAUAAAGUUUUCGUAAAAGUUUAACACCCUCCACCUAAAGACAAUUUUAGGGAAUUAAGUAUAAAUAAAAUAUUGAAUUUUAGUGAGCAAUGGAUUUUCAUAAUAAUUAAUAGAAGAUAUCUAAAAAGAUCCAAAAUUACUUCAAAAAUUGGAUGGAUAUAAAUAUAUACAGGAUAUGAUGAAAUAAAUUGGAAAUAUUUAAAAUAAUAAAUGA